UUAUCAUCCGUAUGGAAUUGGCAAAGUUCGAUGACGGCUUCUCUUCAUUUUACGCUUUCGGCUCUAAUAGUGUAUUGCGACUCCACGACGACGACAAUUGAUCUUGGUCGCGAUUUCAUGCUUCGCCAUUUGCCAUGAGAUCAAAAUCUACGACUCCGACGGCUGUUGUUGUGGGUUUGUACUCAAUGCCCCGUCAUCCUCGUGCCGGCGCUGGAGGAGUCGCUGUGGCUGCUCGACUAGCAAAGCAGGGGUUCCAAGUGACGGUGGUAGAGAAAAAUGCAACAAUAGGAGGCCGAUGCUCAAUUUUAGAAGAUGACGGGUUUCGAUUCGACCAAGGGCCAUCCCUCCUCCUCAUGCCCGAAUUCUUCCACGAAGUCUUCCACGACCUCAACACCACCAUGACAGCCGAAGGCCUCCACCUGGUCAAAUGUGAUCCCAACUACCGAAUCUGGUUCGCCGACGACAAGCCCCUCGACCUAUCCUGCGACCUGGCGCACAUGAAGCGGGAGAUCACACGCCACGAAGGCGCUGACGGCUUCGAGCGUUUCCUGGCCUUUCUCGAUGAAUCCGGCCGCCACUAUAACCUCUCGUGUCAGAUGGUGCUGCGGCAGAAUUUCAGCCGGGUGUGGAAUAUGCUUAGACCGGGCCUUGUGGCGUCUUUGUUAGAGUUGCAUCCGUUUGAGAGUCUGUAUGGACGGGCGAGUCGGUAUUUUGAGUCGGAGCAGUUGAGACGGGCGUUUACCUUCGCUAGUAUGUAUCUGGGAAUGAGUCCGUUUGACGCGCCGGGGACGUACUCGUUACUACAGUAUGCUGAGUUUGCGGAGGGCAUUUGGUAUCCCAUUGGGGGAUUCCAGACGGUCCUUGAAGCAAUCGGCAAGGUCGGAACCCGCCUCGGAGUCAACUACCGGUUCAACUCGCCCGUCUCAUCAAUUCAGCUCUCUUCCGACCAGAAAACCGCCACGGGCGUAGUUUUAGAAUCCGGCAGCGUCAUCUCCGCCGAUGUCGUGAUCGUCAACGCGGACCUGACAUACGCAUAUAACAACCUCCUCCCUGCCUCGCGAUACGCAAAGAAUCUCAAGAAAAGAGACAUAUCAUGUAGCAGCAUCUCGUUCUUCUGGUCCUUUAAUACGACCUUGCCGGCGUUGCAGUGCCAUAAUGUCUUCUUGGCCAGGGAGUAUCAACAGAGCUUCGAUGUCUUGUUCAAGGAGAACCAGAUCCCUCACGAACCUUCGUUUUACGUACAUGUGCCGAAUCGGCUGGAUCCGUCGGCGUCGCCGGAGGGAAUGGAUGCGUUGGUUGUGUUGGUGCCUGUUGGACAUCUUGACGACGAAGACGAGACUGCGUCGUCGACAAAACGACAAGAUGCAGAAUACUGGACCGAGGUGGUCGAGCAAACGAAAGCAAAGGUUCUACGCGCAAUUGAAGACCGCACGGGGAUGACGAAUCUGCAGGACAAGCUGCUCAAAGAGAAAGUCGAGACGCCGGUGACAUGGAAACAGAAAUAUAAUCUCGAUCGGGGCGCGAUUUUGGGGAUUUCGCAUUCUUUCUUCAAUGUGUUGUGUUUUCGACCGAAGACGAAACAUGCUGAUAUCGAUGGGUUGUUUUUUGUGGGAUCCAGUACCCAUCCUGGGGCUGGGGUUCCAGUUUGUUUGGCUGGGAGUAAGAUUGUUGCAGAGCAGGUCUUGUCGGCGAUGAGAGGGGAGGGAUUUGGGGGGUUAGUAGGCUGGUGGGUGUCUGUUGUGGUGGUUGUAUUGUUGGGAUUGAUGCUAAUUCGGAUUCUGGGGGGUUGAGAAACGAGAAUCAUACACGAUGCUAUUGUCAAUAUAGACGU